AUGGCUGAGCUGAAGAGGGUCCAGCAGUCUGCAGUGGAUCUGACACUUGAUCCUGAUACAGCAGGUCCUUAUCUCAUCCUGUCUGAUGAUGGAAAACAAGUUAGCUGUGGUGAUCUAAUGAAGAGACUCCCAGACAACCCAGAGAGAUUUAACCGUUGUACCGGUGUCUUGACAAAGCAGAGUUUCUCUUCAGGAAGAUUUUACUACGAGGUUCAGGUUAAAGGGAAGACCAUGUGGAAUUUAGGAGUGGUCAGAGAGUCGAUCAACAGGAAGGGACACAUCACAGCAAACCCUCAGAAUGGUUACUGGACAAUAUGGUUGAGGAAGGAAAAUCAGUACAAAGCUCUCUCUGACCCUCCAGUCCAGCUAUCUCUGAAGUCUCGGCCUCAGAAGGUGGGGGUGUUUGUGGAUUAUGAGGAGGGUCUGGUCUCCUUUUAUGACGUUGAUGCUGCAGCUCUUAUCUACUCCUUUACUGGCUGCUGCUUCACUGAGAAACUCUACCCAUUCUUCAGUCCAUGUGUUAACAAUGCUGGUAAAAACUCUGCCCCUAUGAUCAUCUCUCCUGUCAAUCAAGCUGAGUAGACCAACCGUUUGAUUUUUAACAGAAACAUUCACUUUCAUUUAACAAAAUAUAUAUUACUGUAAA